UUGCUUCUAUUUCAGAUAUUUUUCGAACGGCUUGGUGAAAUUGAGGAGAAGGAUCAAGCUCAUGUUUCGCCUCCAUUAAAAUUUACAUUAGAUGCUUUGAGAGGGAAUCUCAAUUCAAGCGAAUCGAUAUUUAAAAACUAUCGAUCAGGUGGCCAUAAGAUUUUGAUGUUAUUCACAGAUGGACUUGAUGAAUGGCCUCAUGCAGUUCUUGAUCAAGAAUUUAAAAAUCAAGACGGUGACGUGGUAAGAAAGUGGUCCUCUUAUAAUCGAUAAUU